UAUGGAGGCAGCACUUUAUUCCACUUUAUUCCAGGCUACAGUUAAGUGGCAUGAAGCCGUGAGAGAGGGAGGGAGAGGGAGAGAGAGAGAGAGAGAGAGAGAGAGACAUGUGAGCAGACAAAGGUAGAAAUAUCUGCUCUACUAUCAGAAGAAACGCGUCUGCGCUUUGAGGAGGAGGAUGCUCCAGAUCCAACCCACGAGGGUCUCCUCUCUCCUCUCCUGUAUUUUCCUUGUCUCCUGGUCUCGUGUCUGGAAAUCCACGGCUUCGCAUUAAUGAUUCAUCAGAGUCUCCUGCUUCUACGUUUCUAUGGGAGUAACUGCGCUGGUGACCAGUGAAAUCUGCACAGAGAGCAGAGCUGCUGCUGCUGCUGCUGCUGGAGGAGAAAAUUGUCAAGUCAAUUCCUCUUUUUUCCUGAGUGGGGAGGCUGUGAGUUUGUGUUCACCUGCCGUGGACCUGAUCUGUCAGAGUGGAUCAACUGUUGCUGCAGCAGGAGCAGACGUUUCUCUCCACCUGCUGUGUGUUUUCUCCAUGAUGGAUGUUUGAGUCUCUGUGAUUGUUUCACGCAUUAACAUGGAAGAGACACUGAUAGUGUUGUUGGUGCCUCGGAUACACCUUCAUCUGUCCUGAUGAUGAUGAUGAUGAUGAUGCCACAUUGUUGCACUGAGGAGAAUGAGAACAGCCCACACCUCCUUCACACUGGCUCCUCACCUCUCUGUGUGACAACACACCUUUGAUUGUUUCUUUUUUUUUAAUUUUUGUUUUAUUUGGUGUAAAAGGACCAUUUUGGACAUUGGAACUGACUGGCGCGUUCUUUUAUUAUCUGAGUGACCUUGCCUUGUUUCUGGACAUCACUCUUCACCAUGCUGAUGAUGAUGGAGAACAGCAGCAUGGACGCGCAUCAGGUUGAUAUCGAUUCGGAAUUUGAGCCUCACAGUCGGUCGCGCUCGUGCACUUGGCCGCUGCCGUGUCCCGAGGAUUUCCCGGGUGGAGACGACGCGAACCGGGGACUGGCUCUGGCGUCGGUCAAAGUGGAGCAGUACAACGUGCCCGCGUGCCGCGCCGAGAGAAAAGGCGGCGCGCCGGCGGAGAUCAAGCAUCCAGCCGGCGCACCGGCCCCGGUGGUCGCCGCUCCCGCCUGCAUGUCCGGGGCUGCGCUCGACGUGGCCGGUCAGCUGCGCAAAGCCAAGUCCUCGCGGCGGAACGCGUGGGGGAACCUGUCGUACGCAGACCUCAUCACCCGUGCCAUCGAGAGCACGCCCGAGAAGAGGCUCACCCUGUCCCAGAUCUAUGACUGGAUGGUUCGCUUUGUUCCAUAUUUCAAGGAUAAAGGCGACAGCAACAGUUCAGCCGGAUGGAAGAACUCAAUCAGACACAAUCUGUCUCUACACAGUCGCUUCAUACGUGUGCAAAAUGAAGGGACGGGGAAGAGUUCCUGGUGGAUGCUGAACCCGGAAGGUGGGAAAAGUGGAAAAGGACCCAGGCGACGUGCAGCGUCCGUCGACAAUGGCACUCGCUACCUAAAGACCAAGGGCCGCAUCAGCCGCAAGAGAGCAGGAGCUAUGGGCCUUGGACGGGGACAAGGUCAAGGGGGCGGGCCAGCGAUGCAAGGCUCUCCAGAGCAUGGCAGUCCAGCAGGGAAAGGAGGUGUGGUCAUGGGGGGUGAGGAGUACGAUACCUGGACGGAUCUCCAUUCCCGCACCUCCUCCUCUGCCUCCACACUAAGUGGCUGUCUGUCCCCAAUACUGGCUGAGGCAGAAGCUGAUGAACCAGAGGAGGGUGGAUUAUCCUGUUCAGGCUCCCCACGGUUGUAUCCUAGCCCAACCAGCACCCGUUCCCCUGCCCUGGGCACUGGGGGCCACUGCCCCACUGUGGAACUGCCCCAGCUGACUGACCUGACAGGGGCGAUCAGUCUUGAUGAGAGUGGCUACCCUCAGCCACCACAAAUUAAAUGCAAUGGUUAUCCCUAUGUGCCUGGGCCCAAGGCAGAGGGCUCUUACUGUGGGCCUAUUUAUGGACAGUCUUCACUGGGCAUGCUCCGGCACCACACACCCAUGGAGACCAUCCAGGAGAACAAGCCAGUCAGCUUUCAGCGCCCACUGAGAGGCUACUCGGAGAAUAAUGCCCUGCAGAGUCUGCUCACCGGAGGUCCUACAUACUGCAGCAAAGACACAGUGCUCGGUCAAGGACGGGAUACACACACAUUAAUAACACAGGGACCCAAUGGUGUUCACAACCAGCACAAUCAGAAUCGCAGCCACAAUCAUAGCCACAAUCACAGCCAAGAGCAUGCCCACAAUCCCAGUCUACACAAUGGACACAGCUCAGUCCAUGACCAGAACACAGCCCACCAUCAGAACCACAAUCAGGGUCACAAACACCAAGCCAGCCUCGACUACAGCCACAAGCCGCACGCUGCCCACGACUACGGUCCGAGUCACGAGCACGGUCACAGGAACAAAGUAAACCCCAGCCAUGAUCACACUACGCGCUCCAGCCAGAGUCACAUGCACGGCCACAGCCAACAUAAUGCUGUGCCCAGUGGGCCGCCACCACAGGCCAUCUCGCCACGCGUUAGCACCGACAUCCUGCAGCCCUACAGUCUAAAAACCUCCAACCACUAUGGGCCGCGACCACACCUCCCAACAUCGCCGUCCCUGCCGCCUAACCCUGCCGGGGUUAUGGAUGUUCCCCAGGAUCCCUGUCGCCUGGCAUCUGCGCCUCACCCUCGUCACCAGCCGUACCCAGGAGCUCACCAUCAAGGUAUGACCAACUCCUGGCAUGGCUAUUACCACAACAACCACCAGCAUGGAAACGCUGGUUACCAGGGGCAGCAGCACUCCUCCCACAGUCGAAUGGCUGCCAACCUGGAGAUGGAGAACAUACCUAAUAGCCUGGACUGUGACGUAGACUCUAUCCUGCUCAAUGACUUUAUGGACACUGAGAGCAUGGACUUUAACUUUGAUGGCUCUCUUUCCCAUGGCGUGGGCAUGGGGAUGGGCAUGAGCUUAGGGGCAUUUGCUUGCCCUCCAUCAGCUCACAGUAACCAGAGCUGGGUUCCAGGCUGAAUCCUAGUCCCUGGGCUUGGAUAGGCACAACAACUGGAACACUCAGCCUCUGGGCCAGGCUGCCGGUGGACUGUGAUUCUCCGAGACUGUAGAGCAAAAUAACUUGUCAUUUUUUUUCCUGGGGACUCCCUACACCAUUACACUC